GUACUCAGUACUUACCACGUUCACUUCAUGCCUCGUUGACUAUAAAUAGCACCUCUUCCUCCUUCUCAUUCCACGCACUUGACUUGGCAAUCAAUAAUCAACAUUCCCAAUAACACUAUUCACUAGUUCAAUUAAGUUCCAUCCCAUAUAGGCUAUAGCCAUGGCUCUUAAUACUAAGCUUCUAGUUGCUACCCUUCUUGCAUCGCUUCUCCUUCUUCAUCUCGUUGAUGCAGAUCAAUCGGUAUCGGCAUAUGCACAGACGCAGGGGUCUCUUCUUCAGCAGAUAGAUUGUAAGGGAGCAUGUGGGGCGAGGUGUCGUUUAUCAUCGCGUCCACGACUCUGCCAAAGAGCUUGUGGAACUUGUUGCAGACGCUGCAACUGCGUGCCACCUGGCACUGCGGGAAACCAAGAAGUGUGUCCUUGCUAUGCUAGCUUGACUACUCAUGGUGGCAAACGCAAGUGCCCUUAAGCUUUAACACCGAUCCCAUGCAAGACGUUCAUCACCACAUUAUGUUAUACAAUAAUUAAUAUAUGGAACAUGUUGCUUAAUUAAUGUGCUCUCAAGAGUGGAGAAUAACAUCAUGGAAUAUCUAUCACACCCCCACCCUUUGUUCAAUUCGUGUUGAAUCAUCCAGCGUAUUGAUUUGGAUUAUGUAUAUUUGCAAAAUAAAAAAGUAUUUUGUGAUUUUGUGAUUCCUUUCUCUCUUGGGGUGUACUUGCCUUCCUUGUACUGUCGUAAGUUUGUCUUAAUAAGAAUAUAAUUCUCAUUUCAUAUUUUU